AUGGAGUGGCCUCGCGCGGGACACUUGCUGACCUGCUUCACUGAGGGCGGGCGCGGGACGGGCGCGCGUGGGAGGGCCUGUGCUGUCCGGGCUGCCAGGCUGCCCAGGGGCGGAUGUCAGGGUGCCAGGGCCGCAGUGCCCACAAAGCCGCAGUGCGUGCCGCAGUGCCGGGCCGCCGCCGCCGCCGCCGCCGCCGUCGCCGCCGCGAGAGCCUUGCAGAAAGGGUCCCCGGGGGAAGCGUCCGGGGCCAGCACCUCGCGGCCCGCGGGGCAAGACGGGGCCGCUGCCUCCCCGCUCCCUACCCAGUCCGGCAGGAAGGGCGGCAAGGGCGGCAAGGGCGUGAGGAAGGACCGGGGCAGGCGGGCAGGCCGCGUCAAAGGCAAGGGCGGCACGCGCCGAGACACCCAGGAGGAGGCGGACCCCUCCCGCCCCCAACACCGCGGCCCCCCAGACAAGGGGGACGCUGGGCCCAAGGAUGUGGCCCCAACUCCAGAGACCCCGCCCACCGACCCACCCCCGCCCCAUGCUGACAUCCCCGCACCCCGCCCCCGCCCCGCCCCGCCCCGCCCGCCAAGCCAGAUGUCUUCCAGCCCCGCCCGCCCCCUCACCCCCCAGCAGGAUCCCGAGGGAGUCCCGGCCGCGGCGAGAGGGGGAUGGGCGCGAGGGACCGGAGGGGGCGCUGUGCCCCCGGGAGGCGCUACUGUCGCGGUGGAUCGAGGCGCGCGCCGCUGCGGGCCAGACAGGCGCGGGGCGCCCCAGGACCCUGCUGGCGCCGCGCCUUAA